AUGGCGGCCAUUGCCAGCACAGUCAUAGCACGCACUUCUCCCCUGGUUCCCAACCCUCCAUUGGCGCCGUACACCAACCCGUACCUCCAAGCGAACCUUGUCUGCCGCGUCGUCCUCGCCCUUGCGGCCAACGCCGGCUGCUGGGUGCCGCUCAGGAACCUGUGCCGCCAAGGCGAGCUCGCCCCGGCCGUCCUGGUCGGCACGGUCAUCGUCGCCAACUGCCUUACGAUCGCCAACGCCCUCAUUUGGCGUGAUGACAACGUGUAUGAGUGGUGGGACGGCCAGGUCUGGUGCGAUGUCCACGCCUACGUCUACCAGCCUCUCAUGCCUCUGUUCUGGCUCUCGGUCGUCGCCAUCACGCGCAACCUUGCGCAGCAGAUGGACCUGUCGCGGGCCAGCCCCUUAUCUGGCCGAGAGAAGCGCAGGAAGACACUCGUUCAGGCCUUGAUCAUGUUUCCACUUCCCAUCAUCCAAACGGGCCUGCUGUACCCGAUAUCCUCCCAGAGGUUCAGGAUUGCCACCCUGACCGGUUGCAUGUGGAGUAGUCACCCGAGCUGGCCCUUUGUCGUAUUCUUCCUGGCCCCACGCCUGCUUGCGGUUCUCGUGUCGGUUUACUACGCUGUCCUCACCUGGAGGCGUUACAGUUCGAUCGCGCAGGCUACCCGCUCGGCACUCAUGUCCAACAGCUCUGCCGCCACGCGAGCGGGCCGAACGCGAUGGCGGCUUUUCUUCGUCAUGGUCUGCGUCAUAGUACCCUACAGCCCCUUGGACUGCUACAUGGCUGUCGUCCAGUUCAGAACAAACUUCCUCUCUUACGGCUUCGAUUUCAAUAAAAUCCGGCAGCAAGCCAAUCCAUACCCUUGGGACACCAUCCUGCUCCUCCCUAGCGACAGCCUCAGCUUCUUUGAGCUGAACCAUCAGUAUUUCGUCAUCGCGACGGCCCUGCCCAUUUUCUACUUCUUUGGUAUGACGGAGGACGCAAAGAGAACCUACCGUCGGGUCACGCGGACCCUGGGUCUCGGCAGGGUUUUCCCAUGGCUCCGCGAGGGGCCAGCCUCAGGGCGAGUAGAGCAGCAGCUGGGAGUCUCGUUGCAAAAAGACACAGAUCUGACGCUGAUGAAGUCGACUGAUGGCAGCUCCCAAUACGUCCGUGUCAGUCAUGUUUCGAGAACGCACGACUCUGCAUCCUCUCCGCCUCCGUCGUAUAAGGAGGGGCUCGACAGUCCUGCUGAGGAUAUGCGUAGUCCUUCGAUUGCAUGGGAUGAUAAUUCAUUCCUUCGGCCUACCUGGCACUACCAAGCUGCGUCCCGACCGUCCCCGCGGCCGCUCGCAAGGCCCUCCAACCCCUCUGCUCCCCCAUGUUACAACACCAAGACGUUCCUGGACGAACGGCCCGCCAUCGCCCCGCCGGCCGCGACCCACGUACGCAUCCGAUCAUGGCUGAGCGAAGGCCACGGCCAGCUUGAGCAGACGACCCGGGUGGCUCGUCUGCCACGUCUGACGCCACUGCCGGAUCCCGCUGCGAUGGUUCAGGCUCAACAGUGA